GAGUACUUGAUUGGAGUUGAUUGGUCGGGUAAUUGAAAGGUCCUGACGGUCGUACUACUUACCUACGAGCGCGAUAUAAAUCCGGGUGAUACAAAAAGUUGGCCCAGUUUCUGUUGCAUUGUCGCCUCUAUAACACCACAAUAUUUGGUUCACCAGCCCCCAUUUCAUGCCCCGCCAUACAAUUUCUACGCAUAUGUCUCAAAUAACUGAUGGCGACGUAGCUUUGAUCACUCCCAUCUCACCGUCAAAUGCACCUUGGGACCAGUGUCCCUCAUCAUACCCUGGAAAUGCAAUGAACACUAUCGGGUGGAGUUAUUACUCUUUACCACCGUCCCCGCCUAUCUCUAUCGGCUCAAACAUCACCGACUCUCCUGGACCUGUAUCCAACACAACUCCUGACUCUAUGCGAGAGAAGGAGCAACAAUUGUGCUUGCCGACGCACCAGGUGUUUGACUUCCCUGAGGUGCCAAAUAUAUCGUCACCUUCACCAUCCGUCUCUCCGCCACUCUCAAAGUCCUCUCAACCAUCUAUUUCCCUUGACACUCACAUGCACGCGGAAGGGCUAUCUUCCCUUCCUAUUGCAGGCCCUUCGAAGAGACCGCGAACUGGCGGAGAGCGUAUCACCACAAAAGACUUUGUGCCACCUGAUGUAUCGGGGCUGAGCAAACGCGAAGCACGUCUGGUUAAGAACCGUGCCGCUGCUUUCCUCAGUCGGCAGCGGAAGCGGGAAGAAUUCGAGGCUAUGGAGAUUCGCGUCAAGGACCUGGAGGAAGAUAACGUGCGGCUUCAGACUGCUGCCAAAAGAGGACACGGCUAUGAUGAAUUGCUCCUGGAAGUCGAACAAUUGCGCACUCGCCUUUCUGCAUCUGAAAAGAGGGGGCGCGAGCUGAAGGCCGAACUUUCACGAAGGUCAACCAGUGAUAUCCAUGUGAAGACAGAAAAUUACGAACAUUCUUUGACUCCGGUCUCACCAUCUGCCUCGCUGCCGAUGCACUCCCACCAGAGGUCUGGAGCAAGUCUCGGCCUGAUGGUAGGCAAGCUAGUAUUUGGAAAUCAAAAUUAUGAGACCAAUGAUCCAACAGCAGGUUCUCCUAUGCACGCUACCGUCCCUUCUUUCCACGUCCCCUAGAUCGCUUCCGACCACAUACUUUAUUCCCCUGACGGAUCCCUCAGUUCUGCACCCCUCGUGCAACUUCGACUACAGCUCUAUCAUCCCAAGCGACUUUGAAUGGGCACCGCAUCCCGACGGGGGAGCGGUGAUGCACCUUGGUUCUGGCGAUCUCGGAAAGCUUUCUUCAAGCGCUGGUUCUUCGUCCCCUCGCAAAGUCGAGAUUCAUUCCGAAGCCAUCAGAGCUCUUGGGGGAUUCGAAAUUUCCUUUGACACU